AUGACUGGACCUAAUAUGGUCGUAGAUGAUUUGCCAAAUCAGCGAGGUGGAAUGACUUUCUUACGUCAACGGGACGCUGAGUUGUAUCUCGGGGCUUUAGUGGUAACAUCAGAGCGAUUUAAAGAUGCAGAUGUUUCAUCUCCGUGGAUGUCCGGUUCUUUUAGUAUCCUCAUCCCGAUUCCCAAUUCUUCUACUAACAUUGGCGCUUUGGUCCAACCCAUGAGCACCGAAGUAUGGAUUUGCGUUUGUCUAUCAGUACCAGCCGUCAUGGGAAGUCUGUUUGGUUUGAGCAAAGGUGCAUAUUGCGGAAAUAGACAACUAGCAAUUCGUUUUGCAGCGGCUGCCUGGUGUCUAGCUUGUUUCGUUCUUGUUCAAGCUUACAGUUCAACGCUGAUUGCUUUCAUCACGUCACCCAAUAAUAAACCUAUCAUUAAUUCAGUGUACGAUAUUGAAAAAGUACCAGGUCUUAAAAUCACAGUCAAUAGAAACUUCGCAGCAGAUUUAAGGCUGCUGCAAACCAAUUUCAGUAUUUUCAGGAAACUUGGUGAUUCAUUGAGAGAAGACCCGAGUCUUCGUUGCAAUAAAACGGAGCUUUGCCUUGAUAAAGUUCGAUCUGGGGAUCAUGUUUACAUUCACGGAAAACCGGUCGUCCAGAAAAUCAUUUCCAUGGAUCGAGAGAAGACAGGUUCGUGCCAUUUUACAAUGGCUAAAGAAUCCUUUUGGCCAGGCCAUCUUUAUUUUUUCUUGCCAAAGAAAAGUCCAUACACAGAAACUAUUAACAGAGGUAUUCUAAGGAUGCAGGAAACUGGAAUAUUGGGAAAGUCGAUAGAAACAUUCAAUCCGGAAGUGACGAAAUGUUCAUUAAAGUACAACGUAAAGAAAUCCGGAAAACCUCGAAUUAGUUUAAAAAAUCUGACAAGCGCUUUUACCCUGUUAUUAUUUGGGAUCUGCGUUUCAAUACUUACUUUAGUUGUCGAACUGAUAUAUCAUCUUCGCCACUUCACUUCUUCUCGUUAG